UUUUGCUGUUUUAGCUCCAGAUGGGCCCAAGCUUCCUGCUGCGCUGCGGCACCCAGUCCAGGGUUGCAACGAGCCGUGAUGCUGCUGGGCGUCCCGAGUUAUAAAGACCUCCCUUGUGCUCCCAUCCCAAGCCAGAGCUUGCAGAGGUAUUGUCCUCAUUAAUUUAAUUGCGGCGUCGCGCCCACCCCUGCCCUUUCGUGUCCUAGCUCGUGUCCUUGGUUACACGACUUCCCCUCCUCCAUAUAUAUCUUCCGCUUUCCUCGUGUCCGGAGUGAGACCGCUCAUACCCUCAGUGGAAGAAUAGGUCAAGAUGGCGGAAACCGACUAUGAGAAAGGGCAGUACACUGUCGGCAGUGACUCGCCGCCCAGCCAGGCCCAUGAUGUGAAAGAUGUUGUCGCCCGAAGGGGUGGCAAUAUUGGUGAGGCCGCCGAAGUGUACGGGGACCUUCAAACGGCAGAAGAAUAUGGCUACGUCGAGCGUGGCCUGAAGUCUCGACACAUCCAAUUCAUUGCCCUCGGAGGCACGAUUGGUACCGGUCUCUUCCUUGGUAUCGGCACUGCUUUCGCGAAUGCUGGCCCUGUCUCCGUUCUCCUCGGUUACACAUUCACAGGUGUCGCUGUCUAUGGCAUGAUGCAAUCUCUCGGGGAAAUGUCCACUUGGCUCCCGUUGCCUGGUGCUAUCCCUCAGUACUGCGCCCGUUAUAGCGAUCCCGCGCUUGGUUUUGCUGUCGGAUGGAACAACUGGUAUCAAUGCGCUAUCACUCUCUGUGCCGAGAUCUCCGCCGCUGCCGUUCUCGUCGGUUUCUGGGACACAGAGCAGAAGAUCAAUCCCGCCGUCUGGAUCUCGCUCAUCAUCGUUCUUAUACUCGUGCUCAACAUCUUCGCUGUUUCCAUCUACGGAGAAGCCGAGUUCAUCUUCGCUUCGAUCAAGAUUAUCACCAUCCUUGGCCUGCUCAUUUGCUCUUGCGUCAUCUGGCUCGGCGGUGCCCCGGACCAUGAUCGUCGUGGUUUCCGCUACUGGAAGGAGGGCGCUAUGAAGGAAUACGUCGGCAAAGGCGAUUCCGGUCGCUUUGCGGGUCUCUGGUCUACGCUCGUCAACGCUGCUUUCUCGUACGGAGGUGUCGAGAUGGUUGCUGUUGCUGCUGGUGAGGCCGCAAACCCCCGCAAGAACAUUCCCAAGGCUGUCCGUCGCGUCUUCUGGCGUAUCCUGUUCUUCUACAUUUUCGGUUCCUUCUUCAUCGGAGUGUGCAUCAGCUCUAAUGACGAUGCCCUCACCAAUGAGUCGGGCGCGCGAGCUUCUCCCUGGGUCAUUGCCAUGCAGAACGCUUCGAUUCCGGUCCUCCCGCACAUUAUCAACGCCGUUAUCUUGACCUCGGCCUCGUCGUCCGGAAACGCAUUCCUGUACACGGGCUCGCGUUACCUCUUCGGUGUUGCUCAAAACGGUCAGGCUCCUAGGUUCCUCCUGAAAUGCUCCAAGAACGGUGUUCCGUACUACUGCGUCGGAGUUACGGCUGCUGUCUCGCUGCUCACGUACAUGAGCGUAUCCACUGGCGCCAACAACGUCUUCCUGUGGUUCCAGAAUCUCACCACCAUUGCCCAGCUCUUUACCUGGUGCUGCAUCUGCAUCACCUACACACGCUUCAAGAAGGCUCUGGAUGCUCAAGGCAUUGAUCGCAGCACCUUGGUGUUCAGGUCGCCAUUCCAGCCAUACACGGCGUGGGCAGCCUUCACAUACUUCGUCCUUAUCAUCAUCUUCAAUGGCUUUGCGGUCUUCGCCGACACCCCGUGGGGGUCUGACCAGCUGACCAGCUUCUUCACAGCCUACAUCGGCGUUCCCAUCUUCUUCGGUCUUUUCGUCUUCUGGAAGAUCUUGAAGCGCUCCAAAGUUGUAAACCCUGCCAAUGCCGACAUUUGGUCCGGCAAGGCGGCACUGGACGCUGAGCACUGGCCGGAGCAGAUUCCAAGGAAUGCUUGGGAGAAGUUCUGGUUCUGGCUGUGCUAGAGCGCUGGCAUUUUGAUUUCUUCUGAAAUUUUGUCGUCGCUGGUUGACUACGCCAGGAAUAUGUAUCCGCGGGUGCUAUGAUUCUCUGGUAUUGUUAAUUUCCAUGAUAAAAAAAAAAUUUAGGUUCCGCUUCGUCGUUU